GAACAGUUAGUGGCAGCCAAGAAGUCAGUCAGUCAGUCGGUCAGUCGGUUCCGCUAUGAAUUGGGAGUCCACAAAUAAAUACAUACGGCACACGACACGCAUGCUCAUAGCUCAUCCAUCUGACUGUCUGUCUGCGUGUCAUGUCCGCCUGCCUGUCUGUCUGUCACUCUCUCUGUCUGUCUGUCCGUCUGUCCGUCUGUCCGUCUGUCCGUCUCCGACUGCAAUCCACUCACUCUACUGUACAAAUGGCGAUAGCAAUAUCAAUCAACGAAUCAUCUGACAACAAACGACACUCUCAUGCGCACCGCAUGCACCCAUCCUGCUGCAUGCCAGCCAUGUGUUUUCCUCUCCCAUCGUGUGUGUGUGCAUAAGUGCGGUGGGUGCGGCAGGGAGGGAGGGCACGGAAAGACGAGAGAGACGAGCGCAAAACCCUCCGCUGUCCGGGCGUGUGUGUGUGUGUGUGUGUGUGUAUAGGCACGACAGACACCCACGGCACGGCCGACACUGACUGCGACACUGCUCCUGCUUGCAAAACGGGCCAUCCGUGGUGGGGGUGGGGUGGCGAGGUGCAUGAUAUGGGUGCCAACACAAUACUCUACACACACACAAACCAAACCAAACAACCGUGCGCCAACCCCCGGGAGGCAAGACAUCACAUACGACAGCACACGAACUAAUCAUCACACAUGACAUGACAUGACAUGACAAGACAAGAAAGCCGGACAUUGUUUCAUGCCAUGCAUACCACACCUGGCCGGCCGGGAGGCCAUGAUGGUGUCCCCCACCCACUGCCUCGCGAACGUCUCUCUACACGCAAUCCGUGCCAAUACCACACACACACACACACACACCAAGAGCGACAGCGUCGGUCAGUCAGUCGGGCAGUCAGCGGCCAGGAGGGAGGGAGGGAGGGAGAAAGAAAGAAAGCAUCAUGCAGCAUAGCAUUCCAGCAUAGCAUCAUCGACUAGUGUAUCCACAACACGAUAUACAUGGUGGGAUGAAAACGAUGACAGACAGACAGACACCCAAACAAGGGAUAGGGAUGGGGAGGGAGGAGACAGACACAGACACAGACACAGACACAGACAAAGCGACGAGAAAGACACCGAGGGAGGUAAGGGAUGCCAAGAAGAAAUGGAGGAAGAAUGGACGGAAUGGAUGCUCGGAAGGAAGGGGCUGGAUGCGUGGCCAGCCAGCCAGCCGACCGGCGCGGCAGAAAACCCUGCCAGCCGAGAGUGGGGUGAGCGAGAAUGCAGAGACGCAGCCAUGGAUGGAUGGAUGGCCUGAACUGCAGACAAUGGCGUGAUCAGAAUAGGGGCACAGUGCAGGCGCGCAGGACAUGGACACCUGUGUCGCUCUGUCUGCAUUAUUGCGAGUGGAGGCUGUUGCUCACCACCACAAGCACGGAUGCCGGAUGGACGACACAAGUGUCCAUGCCAUGCCGUCACGCAGAAUGCCCGCCAUGAGAGCCGACGCUGCCUGCCUGCCUGCCUCCCUGCCUGAUCUCUCUCUCUCUCUCUCUGACUGCACACAACAAUCAACCAAAGCAAGCGACUAAAGCAGUCCCUGAUGUGAUGGCAUCAGCUGAUAGAUCCAUGUGUGUAUGUGUGUGUUGAUGUAUGUGUAUGUGCCCGCCCAAACUACCAAAGUACACACCACACCGCACCGUACCGCCCGUCCACACCCACACACUUGCAGAUGAAUAUGCGCACAUAGUGCCUUGCCUCCCUUCUCUCCCUAGUCAGUCUACUUCUGCACAUCAGCCAGCCAGCCGGCCGGCCGGGCGGCCUGCACAAUCUCGAUCUCUCCCCAUCUCUCUCUCCCAUAGUAUUCAUUGCCUCGCCGUCUGCCUGCUCCCAUAUGGGUAGCCGCUGAGGCUGGUGCUGGUGCUGUUGCCGGCCGCAGCAGCAGCAGCAGCAGCAGCAGCGAUACCGUUGUUGUAGGGGUACGUCUGAGCCUGGCUGCUCAUAAUGGGCGGCAGCCUCUCCCUCUCCCUCUCCCUCUCCCUGUCCCUGUCUCUGUCCCUCUGCCGUUGCGGCGUCUUGGUGCGGUGUGACGAUGGGGGGAGGAAGGAGUGGUAGUGGGGGUGGGGAUGGCUGCUGAAGGACUCGGGAUGGGCGGGGACAUCCUCGCUGGUCGGGAAAACAAACGACUCACCUGUAUGUGCCAUGAGAUGAGGAGGGAAGGAGGGCACAUGUCAUGUGGAUGGUAUGGUCUGUGUGUUGGGUGUUGGGUGUCGGCCUGUGUGGUGUGGUGCCUGCCUCUGGGUGUGAGAACUCUGCUAGAUGGUGCGCCGUUGUCCUCCUCGCCCGAGUGGCGCCACAGGGACUCGCUCGUCGCCAUGCGGUCCUCCUCCUCCUAACACACACGCACACACACGCGGGGAAAUAGACCUUCGGCAGCAAACAUGGUGUGGUGUGUGUGUGUCUUGGUUCUUACCUGCAGGACGUGCUGCACGUACUCCUCCUGCGGCUCGUCGUCCAUCAGACUGUCCUUCAGCUCGAGAUGCGCAAUAUACAUGUUGCCUGCAGCAGGGGAGCCACACACAUACAGACAGACAGACAGAGGGGGGGUCAAUGCGCUGGUGUGACUCUGCAGGGGUGGUGUGUGUGUGUGUGUGUUUCAUUACUCGCGAGGCAGAGGACCAUUUUGACAGUGUAGGCCAGGGCGUACUCGGUGAGGAUGUAGAGCGCUAUCACGAAGUGCUGGCUCACCGCCAAGCGAUACACCAUACCUGCACGUGACACCACACCACACACACGUACGUCUUAUUUCCUCUGUCUGCUUUUUUCUGCUCGUCUGCGUGUGUCGUGUGAGUGGAUGUGAUGUGUCGGUGCGUGGCUGUCUGUGGUCUGCUCCGCGCACCGACCGAUGGCCGUGUUGAAGAAAGACAGAUAAACAAAUGCCACAAAGGUCCGGCCCCACGCCUCCACCGAAAACAGAAUCCACACAAUCCCAAAGGCCUGCACACACACCAGACAGACACACACACCCAGACAGACAGACACACACACACACACACACAGAGAGAGAGAGAGAGAGAGAAAGGUGCGCCCUGUGUGCGGUGGUGUUGACCGAGAGUCGCGAGGGGAUCAUCCGCUUACGAGUGACAUGACUUCGGUGAGGGGGGGCACAAACAGAACGGCAGCAAAGAGGGUGGGGGACAAGUUAAAAUACUAAGUGAGAAGAACAGACAGACAAACAAACAUGGCCCACACAGUCAGUCGACUCCUUGUGUGUGUGUGUGUGUGAGUGGGGGGUGGGGGGGGCUGACUGACUUGGAACAGCUGGAUGAAGGCCGUCAUGGCGUUCAACAGGAGCACCGACACAACCACCGUCAACGUCAGUAUCCUGCAACCAUCCGCUCAUCCACACAGCAUCUCUCCCCUCUCCUCCCCUCUCCUCCCCUCCCUCAUCUAUCUCACCUGUUGAAGCUUGCCUCCCUGUUCUUAAGUAUCAGCUCUCCGGGAAACCGCACCACAUUCGUGAAGCACUCGAACCACCCACCCCAAAAACCGCUUCCCCCGCCUCCCGCACCGCCCCCUUGCGGCUUAUUCCUCUCCGUCCGCCGCAGCAACGUCGGCGUGACGCUGUGAACCUCCCUGCCCACACCGGGCUUCCUCUCGCCGAUCCUGUCAGAGGCAGGCAGCGGCUUGGGUGUGGAUGCUGCUCUUGGCCUGUCGGCUGCCGGGGGGCGGGGGAGUAGGGGGGAGGAGCUGGGGUGGGACCUGGUUGUGGGGCCGGGGGAAUGGGACUCUUGAUCACCGGGCCUGAAACAAAACGAACAAACAGCGACUUACGUGUGUGUGUGGUUGGUUGGUUUGCUCACCUUGUCGGCGGCAGUGUCUUCCUCCUGCCCACCCCCUCCCCUCCCUCGCCCCUCAGCUCUUCCUUGACAGCCUCAAAGCUGUCGGCACGCCCGGCACGCAGCCGGGCAGGCGCUUCGACCGUGAGGCUCGGCAGGGGGCCGGUCAUCGACCGAUGUGUGACCGAUGGGUCGCUGUCGGCCGUCGUGUCCUCGCCUGACGGCUGCUGGCGCAGGUUGAGGAGGUCCAGGUUGGUGAAGGAGUGCGACCUCGACCACAGGCGUCUGUGCGAGUGGAUGGCGCGGUUGCGCCCGGCCGAUGGCUGGUCGAUGAACGACUGACUCGUGCCGAUGGGCAAGGGGGCCGCGCCCUCGAGGGCAAAGGAGGGGGGGUAGGUGGAGGGGUAGUCGACAAAGGCGGGGUCGAAUCUCUGGGGGUCGAUCGGGGAGGUGAUGGCGCGCACCGACGGGUUCACCGACAGCGGCACUCGCACAAUGUCCGAGGACGUGGCGGGCUGCGGCGGCCGGCCCACCGUCCCGGCCGCCUGGGUCUCCUUGGCCUCGGUCAGCACCAUGGCUAUCAUGUAGUCCAGCGACACGUGAAGCGUGGCGCGUGUGGCGUUCUCCGCAUCGGUCACUGAGGACGGCUGCCGGCCGAACGACGCGCGGCUGACGCCAUGGGGGGGAAGGAGCGCGCCGCCGAUGGGCGUGGGGGGGCCGUCGGAGGCCGAGAUCUGGGGCGAGAGGCCGGCGCCGGCCUGGAGGCCCACGAACGAGUCGAAGAUGAUCGGCGAGGCCAGGUGGCGCCCACCGAGGGCUGCUGCUCCUGCAGUGGUCGCCUGGGUCGGCCCGUCACUUGGACUGAGGGGGUCAAUGCCGCCUGCCCCUCCCUCUGCCGAGAACGCCGCCUCCUCGAAGCCAAUCAGCCGGCGGCCUUUGGUGCUGAUUCCCUGCAGCACGAACACACACGCGUGGGCCCGGAUGUUGUUCUGCUGCAGACACUGGGUGGUGACGGCCGAGAGGGUGCGGGCAAGCAGCGGGAUGGACCGCUCCAGCUUCUCCCCGCCCUCCAUCAGCCGCACCACUCGGUUGAAGCAAGAUACCACUGCAUGCCACGUCGGCCGCCCCAGGUACUGGGACAGAGAGUACACAAGGGGGUCGGUGAGGUCUAGGUGGAAGGAGGCCGUGUAGGAGCCGUCGCCCGCCGCAGGCAGGACCAUCGGCAGCGAGGGCUUGCACGUCCAGUCCAUCAAAGACCUGUCGAAGUCGAGGAUAUCGAUGUACCCGAGCGUGGCGAAGGCGUCGCUGCCGAACUUGAGGCCGAAAGACAGCUGACGCGCCCGAAUCGACUUCCAGAAGAUCUUGUCGGGGUGGUGGCCCUCGAGCGUCGACACGAACCCCAGCAUGGCCUUGGCGCGCCGCCUGCGGCCCCGCUGCCGGGCGUGGUAAGACAGAGGAAGGUACAGCACCUUCAGAGUGGCCAGCAGCACCUUCUGGUACCAGUACCAGCGGCCGAUGCGGUUGACAUGGUCGGCGAAGGCCGCGUAGCGGUCGGGCAGCACGUGGGGCUCCAGAAUGGGUGGAGGGACAGGGUCCAUCCCCCAGGGCGAGUCGUAGCUGUUGUUGCCGAGGAGGUAGAUGCGCUGCACGUGAAAGGGGAGGUCUUCCAGCCCCAUAAUGGGCUGGCUCAUCCGCUGCUGCCUGUUCUCAGAGUCGACGGGCGUCGCGCUGGAGAAUGACGUGAGAAAGGGGUCGUCAAACACGACGCGCAUCAGGGGGUGCGCGUUGGCCUGGCCGAUCGACAUGUGCAGCCGCCUCUUCCUCUGCAGCUUCUUGACGGCGAUGGACGACACCACCAGCAGCACCACCGCCACCAGGAUGCUGAUCAUGCCGGGAAGGCCCCCGAAGAAGGUGAAGAAGUACUCGACGGGCGUGAGGCACUUGGGGUUCUGCGACACGUCGGCAAACCCUUCUGGGCACUGGUAGGGGCAGUCGGGCAACGGCCACCCGGCCUCAGUGUAGUAGGCCUCGGGCGUCGGCUUGUUGUUGCACUUGUGGCACACCAGGCCGCCCUCCUCGUUGUAAGUGCCGACGGGGCAUGGCGAGCAGGCCCAACCGAAGAACCCCGGCGCGCACGGCCGGAGAGGGAUCUUCUCGCCUUCUUCGCCGAUCUGCCCCGGGCUGGUCUGGUUGCACAUGGCUGAUGUGUCGGGGAGCCCCCCGUCCACUCCCACCUUGCCCUCGAAGUGUGCCGUGCCGUUCUGGCAGGGCGUCAGCCAGUGGAAUGCCGUCACCCCGCCGCCCCCACCCCCCCCGGUGCACCUCCCUCCCCUCCCACCUUGCGCGAGGAUCUGCCCUGACCCCACGAGAUGACAUGCCUGGAUCACCACGGAGCCGCCCGCACCGCCCCCCUGACCGAUCUGAGAGAGGUCUGCGACCUCAGUCAGCCAGGGGGAGGGCGCAGAGCCGUCGACCAAGGGAGCCCCGCGCGCAGUUGUGGGGCGGAGAGUGAGUGGCUGGGUGUCGUUGUUGCUGACCGCCUUCGUGGUGAUGUCGCUGGUGUUGUCAUGGGUAGCGGUGGUCGUGUACGUGGCGCCCAGCUCGAUCAGGGACGUUCCUUGCGCCGCUCCUGUCGUCUCAUUAUCAUUUGUGGUGUUGGUCCGAUUGUGGUCCUGUGGUCGUGAGAGGUCGGGAGGGGGCGUGACGAGGGUCCUGUUUGAGUGGCUGAUGGUGCCGUCCUGGUCGAGGAAGAAUGGCGGGACAUCCGUCCGCUGCACGUCGAUCAUCGGCGCCUGCUCGUCGAACAAAACCGCCAGGCGCGACAGAAAGGGGGAUGACGGCGACGAGGGCGCCCCCGGUUCCUCCCCCUCCAUCCACGCAGAUAUCAUCGAGCUCAGCUGGUACAGCGCCCCUUUGCCGCCUUCCCCGCCAGCACCGCCACUGCUGCUGCUGCUGCGGCUCGAGUUGUUCUUCUCCUUAUUGUGUUCCUGGUGCCUCCACGUGACCAGCAGAGCGGCCGCAAUCACGGCGGAUGAUGUGUCCGACGGCACCGUGACCUUCCGCUCCCCCUCGCCCUCCUCGCUGCUCUCGAUGGCGUCCAUGACCGUGGUGAACGAGGCCACGGCAGACGCGACGGUGGCCGCCAUCUUCUCCUUGUCUGUUUUCUUCUUCUCGGUGGCCUUGUCGCACCCCCUCUUGGCCGGCGCAAUGGACUCUGGCAGUGUCCUGCCGUACUUGGGUAUGGGGUAGUCGCGAGUGCGAUGCCCUGCUAGCUUGGCUGUGCUGCGGAUGCGUCUUGGCUUGGGAAGCGGGGGAUGCUGCUGCCAUUGCUGCUGCUGAGCUGGGGCGGCCGUGGGAGCAUCUGCUGCUGUUGCCUGUGGAUGCCCCUCGCCACACGGUGCGGCAGGUAACGUGACGGGGACAGAGGACGGCCCACCCUCCUCAGCCAGCCCGCGGUAAGCGACCGGCUGGUCGCCACCCCUGCCACUGUCACUGCCGUCCCCCUCAAGACCCACGUCCUUGCCCUUCUUCCCACCCUCCUUGCUGGACCGCCUGUGCGCGUCGUCUCGGUCGAAUUCAAACCACCUGUCGACCAGGUCAUCGGCGUAUCUCUUCUGCCCGCCGCCCGAAUCGCCGCUGCGUGGGGGUGGCGGGGGAGGGGUGAGAGGUGCGGGGGAGUAGGGGGGAGGGUUGGGGCCAUCAGGGUUGUUGGGCUCGGCGUCGCCACCGUUGGCUGAGAUCUCGCCCGAGACGUUGAGGAGCUGGCUGCGUAUCCAGAUGAUGCCCCCGCCCCUGCCGGCGGCGUCGGUGUCGCCCCCGCCGCCCGAUGCGCUUGUGGUGGGUACCCAGUGGUCCCAUAUGCCCCACUUGUCGUAGGACUCCCCGCCUGUGCCGUAGCAGAGGUCGCCGGUCAUCAUGUCCACACCGUCGCCGCCCUUGCCCACAUGGCCGCCACCACCGCCGCCGCACACCUACCAAGCCAUGGCAGGGAGGGAGGGACGCAGAGAGAUGCAUUCACUCACUCACUAGGGUGUGCCUGAAUGUUCCUCCCGGGCAGAUGCCCUCCACUCACCUUGUUAGGUGAGUGGUGCGGCCCCUUCGGCACCGAUGUGCCCUUCCCGAUACCUUCAUUCUGCGGACAGCCGGCACUCGACGCAGUCAACACACCUGCAUGACAUGAUACGCACACGGACGGGCAUACCACCAGCCGGAAUGAGGACUCACCAACCUCGCUCCCUCCCUCUCUCCCUUGUCGCACACACACCCACCGGCAAUGUUGGCAUUGUUGGUGGCACACAGCAGCACAGACGGCGCCGUGACCUGGGCCAAUGGCUGCAGGUCCAAAGUGUCGUUGGCCACGAAGGCCACAUCGAACGACACAUUGUGAAUGCCAGAUUGCAGCUCAGUGACGUCCGGCGGCCACUCGAGCCCCAGAAGCAUCUCGCACCAGUCCGUCGUCUCUGUCUUGUAGGCGUCGCACUUGCCCUGGUUGGACGACCGGACGGUCUUGCCGCUGAGGAUGGUCAGGUGCUGGCUGAAGACGAACAUGGACCCCACGACGGCCCCCGCCAGCUCGACAUUGGACGCAUUGACGAUCAGCCGGUUGUGCUGCCCCUGGCCCCUCUGCUCGAGAGCCCCGUGCAGCAUCAUGUCGCCAUACGCACAUAUGGUGGCAUUGCCGAACUCGAGAGUGGCGCUGUCGCCCACGUUGACCUGCGAGGCGUACAGCUGCAGGUUGGCCACACGCAGCCGGCUGUUCUGCCGCAGCUUGACGCCCACGCCAUUCGGAUCAAGCGCAUAGAGUGUCAGCUGCUGCUGGGAGCGGAACUCAGAGCCCGUCAGGCCGGCAGAGAGAGACAGCGAUGAGACGUUCAUAACGGCGGGCUCCACUGCUGGCAUGGCCACGGCAGUGUCCAGCUCGACAGCGAGUUGCGGGUCGUUCAGAAGGCCCAAAGGGGUCGGCUGCUCGGGGAAGAACUGAGAGGGGGCUGGCGGGGAGGGCCCCUGCUCCGUCCUCUCGGCCGUCUCCUCCUGUCCGCCACCCGGGAUGAUUACGGGAAAGAAUGGCGUCACGUAAGGUCGGUUCCAGAUGGACAGCUUGUGGGCGUAGGCGGAGUAGAUGGUGCCGGCCCCACCGCAGCGGCACGGCAGCGUAUUGGGGUCGCCAGACGUGCCGCAGCCACCAGACGCCAGCACGGCGGGCGGCGGUGGGAGGGGUGUGCCGACAUGGAAGGAGAUUCUCCCGCCCCCUCCACUCGCACAGUCGAGCUGCUUGCCCUUGUCGCGCCCACCGGAGCCGUCUUUGCGCGUCAGGGGUACGUCACACCCGCCCCCAGUGGCCGUCACGCGGCCGGGCAGCAGGGGCGAUGUGAAGGUGAGCGUGGGUGACCGGAUCAGUAUGGAGCCGCCGGAUCCCGCCGGGCGGUCGACUUUGGGUGAGAAUGCGCCGCCUGAUGAUAUGGUGCCGUCGAGAAGGAUACCCGUGGUGGCGUUGAGGUGGAUCUUGCCGCCGCCGUUUGUGCCUCGUGCGCCGUUGGCCAUGCCGGCGUGGCCGAACUCUGUCGGCAUAAAGGGGUCGCCAUAGGCGUAGUCGAGAGGGAAAUCUGAACACACAGAUCGAUGGAUGGAUGGAUGAACACACAUGCGCAUGGCAUGGCAAUGCAUGUACGUGCAGUGCAGCCCACCCAGCCAUUGAUUUACCUGCAUCCGGCCCACAGUCGGUGUUGGCGCCUCCCAGCCCCCCGUAGCUGCCGCCUCUCACCACGCCCCUCGUGCCCACUCCCCUGCGGAAAUAAGACGACGUGCCGUUGGCAGACACCUCACUGAGCCUGUCGAUGACAAUCCAGCCGCCCGCCCACACGUCGACCGACGCGCAAUGGACGAGCGAGUGUGACAGAGUCACGUUGCCCGUCGCGCAGAGAGUGCUGCUGGUCCUCAGGUAGGCCUCGUAGGUCUCGACGCACUUGAGCGUGGCGUUCUGCAGGAUGACGUCGCCAUCAAACACGACGGUGAGCUGUGCUCUGACGCGGCUCUGCUGCACGACACACACGCCGUUGUCCACCGUGUCGCACUCGGAGUCAUCCCACUCGCCGACAUUGCCGCACACGGCCGGCGGCACUGCUGUGGAGUGGGACGACAGGUCACCGUGACUCGUUUGUUGGCAAGCCGCCGGAUGUUGGCUGAGAAUGACGGCGAAUGUGGCUGCUAAAGCAAUACAGAGGCAUGCCUGGCAAAUGCGUGUCAGAUCGGUGGUGGGAGGCCGGCGAUAUGCCAUCUCUCACUCCGGGAGAUGCCGACAGUCUCCAAGCGCCAUGGCCGAUCACAGCGACGCCUCACACGCAUGCGUUGCUUCUUCUGCUUCUUCUUAGAGUUGCAGAUCUCGAGGGCUCGCCCUCGUUGCGAGCUGAGCUUGCAGACCUCCUCGGGGAGGCGAGCGCGGGCUGAGCUUCCUUCUGCUGGACCACCCAUCUCCGUUGCAGCUGGAGAGAUGGAUGAUUUGCAGAACGGCGAUUGAGA